AUGAUCUUUGCUGGCAUGGAGUCAAUGUUUUCGCAGCUCUGGAAGUGGCGCUCCCCAAAAGCGGUCGAGUCAAAACAGGAUACAGAACUUACGAAGACCACCCCACCCCCAGCACCGUCCUCCCCGCUCCUCACGCUCCCCAACGAGCUCAUCCUCGAGAUCUCCACCCACCUCACGACGCCCAAAGACCUCCUCUCCCUCCUCCUCACCACCCGGGCCUUCCCCCCCCUCCUCCAACCCAUCCUAAGCACCCACGCCUUCAGCUCCCCCACCUACCCCGGUGCCCUCCAAACCGCAGCCCGCACCUCCAACCUCCCCCUCGUCCACACCCUCCUUCGCACCAUCCCCGUCAACGACGGCCUCACCCGCAGCCUCGAGACCCCCCUCCACCACGCCCUAAAGGCACCCACCCACCGCCGCACCCAGUCCACAACAACAAUAGUUGCCCUCCUCCUCUUCCACGGCGCCGACAUCUCCGCCCGCGCUCCCGUAGCCAUAACACCCCUACACUACGCCGCCUUCCACAACCUCCCCGAGUGCGCGGCGCUCCUCCUGUCAGCGGGCGCCGACCCCAACGCGGCCGACGCCUUCGGCCGUACACCACUACACUGCGCCGCGGCCGCGGGCGCAACCGCCGUCGUUCGCCUACUCCUGCAGCACGGGGCGGACGUGCGCAUGCGCGACCGGUAUUAUCGCCUGCCCGUGUCGUAUGGGAACGCAUAUUACAGGCUGGGGUGCACGGCACAGCUGUAUAAGGCCAUGGGCGAGAAGUGGGCGUAUCCGCCACGGAUACAGAUGCGGUGCUUGGUGCUUGAUACGCUGCUGGGGUGGGUGUUUCGGUGUCGCGGGAGGGUGGGGUUUGGGCUGGUGUUGGGGCUGGUGGUGCUGUGGGUUGUGCCGGCGGCGCUGCUGGUGGCGGUGGGGAGGGCGUUGAGGGUUGACAGGGCGUGGAUGCUGGGGAGAUGGGCGUUGGGGCUGGGGGCGGGGCCGGAGUGGGGGGAGUAUGGGGUAAAGGGGAAAGGGGCGGAGGAGGAGGAGGAGGAUUAG